ACGUGACUACGUAAGGCGCAGCUCUGCUUUGAACGACCCGAUGACUAGGGUCGUGUGACAAUGUCCAUGGCUUUUAUGAGAACAUUUCCCCCACUGUGGCCAGCUGUCAGCGAAUCCUCCAUAUUUGAUGACCAGUUUGAAUUAGCCUUUAAUGAACAACGAGUAAUCAUGCGAACGCCCGCCUCUACGACAUCAAAUGAUUUGCGCAGACUACCGGUAAUGACUGGUGUGGCAGUUCAACAGACACAAAUGAACGAAAGAGGCAGUUUGCCGAUGAUGAAGAAGAAACGUGAACCUGACGGACGCGGUUUCCGUGGUGUGUAUUCUGAAAAAUGGAUGCCGUUUAUAGUGAAAGGUGAUGGUGGUUUUUUCCUCAGGACAAAUCAAACUCGUCGAGACAGCAGAACAUCCCAAAGAGUUUCAUGUCCAACUUCUAGACGAUGGAGUAAUCUUGAAACAUCACAAGCAACAAAAGGAUCAAAACGGGCCUGUAUUCUGAGCUCAGUGGAGACAUGGCAAGGUGCAGACGAGAAAGCAUAUUCAGUUAUUGGAGCGACUGCUCAGGGUGACUCGUCUAGCACCACAAACCGUCGGCUGACACUCUACAGCACUGAAUGUGUUUCGCUACCUGAAGGCUGUUUCGAGAUUUGGAGGAGCGUAGAACGGACACGAGCUCCUGCGAGUCCGGAAAAUCGGCAGCAAGCUUUACUUUGCCUGAGGCGAUCUUUUUCAAUGGUUCCAGCUAUCGAUUCCUGGACAAAUGUGGGCUUAACAGUGCUCCUCCAAAAGUCUUCGGUCCUACAACAAGUAACUAAAACCUGUAUGUCCAGUAACUGGUCCUUGUGCGAGGGUUGCUGUUUAGCCGAGCCUUGCCCGGUAACUGCAGAUGUGAUUAUGGCUGAUCUAAGGAACAAUGUACUUCAUAACAACUUCCCAAGGGAACAGAACAUUACAAAGGUACAAUCCGUUGGUUGCUCAUUGACCCUUCGCGUGUUGUUUCCGGAACAAUCAUCCGAACUCAUGGAGUGCGCUAGGCCUGCUUCUGUCAACCCCGCUUGUUCGGACAGAAACGUUUCACCACAAGGAGCUGGGGAUAGUCCCACUGACACACAAGUAACUAGCAUAUUCAGCAAGACCUUCACUUCUUCUGUUUCUUUGCCACUGUCAAAAACACCGGACACUUCGAAUGGGUAUAAUAAAAAUAUGCAAACAACUUUGGUGUACUACGAUGACAGCGACUAUGAUGUCUCAGACUGUGAAUAUCAAGAACAUUGGGAAGUGUCGGAACUGGUUAACAAGGAAUCCGCGACACCGGACAGUGUUUGGGAAUGGGAGCAGUUGCACAGUACGCGGUCAGCCCCCAAUUACGAACAUAAGAAUACUUCCUUCACGACACCUUGCCAAACAAUCAUUCUAUUGGAAAUUUUAUAAUAUGUUUUGAAUUUACCUGGAGCAUUGCUUUUGUCUAAAACUGUGGCGCGACAAACUUUUUAUCUGAGUUCGCCGUCUGCUAACAUGGACCAUGACUUCCUGUAUCCUAUUACGUCGUCUCAUUUGCAUGCACAAUAAAA